ACGUUCUUGGAGAUGUGGGAGAAGGAAGGUGUGCGGCCAAAUGAGCUCACAGUGAGCAGCGUGCUGCCGGCUUGUGCGGCUGUUGGGGCGAUGGAGCUGGGGAGGAAGGUGGAGCGGUACGCAAGGGGGAAGGGCCUUCUGAAGAACUUAUAUGUGGCGAAUGCAUUGGUCGAGAUGUAUGCCAAGUGUGGGAGCAUUCGACGAGCUUGGAAGGUGUUCCAGGGCAUCGGACAGCGAAGGGAUCUUUGUUCUUGGAACUCGAUGAUCAUGGCAUUUGCUGUGCAUGGCCUGUGGAGGGAGGCACUGGUCUUGUUUCAUAAGUUGAGGAUGGCAGGGGUUGAACCAGAUGGUAUUACAUUGCUUGGAGUCAUUUUGGCCUGUACUCAUGGAGGUUUGGUUGAUGAAGGCAAGCUGCUCUUCAACUCAAUGAGAGAAGAGUUCGGUCUUAAACCAAGAAUUGAGCACUAUGGUUGCAUGGUUGACCUGCUUGGGCGUGCCGGUCUCUUUAAAGAAGCUGAGAGUCUGAUAAUGAGCAUGCCAGUGGAACCUGAUGCCAUAAUCUGGGGAGCCUUGCUUGGAGCUUGCAGCUUCCAUGGCAACGUAGAACUAGCAGAAAUAGCAGUAGACAAACUAAUGUGCCUGGAGCCGCAAAACACAGCAAAUCUAGUCAUCCUUUCAAACAUAUAUGCGGCAUGUGGCAAAUGGGAUGGUGUUGCCCGGGUCUGGAAGUUACUGAGGGAAAAAGAUCACAAGAAAUCAGCUGGGUACAGUUACAUUGAGUUCGAUGGCAGGAUGCAUAAGUUCCUGGUUGAGGAUAAGUCGCAUCCAAGAUAUGAGGAGGUAUAUGAAACCCUGGAUAGUGUCACACUUACCAUGAAGCUUGUUGGCUUGGAAAAUUUGGAAGAAGAGGAAUGCUAAUUUUUCCAUUGACACCUUCCUUAUCUUUUUUAAGCCACCUAGAUUUGUGAAGAAACAGAUAUAAAGUCACUCGAGAUUGAUCAUGGAGUCCUUGCUCUGAUCUUUCGUAUAUAACUGAACUGCAAAAGGAUACAUCAAGGAGGCAACAGAAGAUGUGAAUAUCAAGUGAAUGCACCACCUGGAUAUAAACAGAUUUUUUUUUCUAGUACCAAUUACCAAAUGGUUGUUUCUGUUGUGCUUACUAUCAGAGGUGCAAGAGUACCAGGCAGAAAAGAACAUGUAAUUGCAUGACAUACCCCAAGCAGCUCACUGUGGAAGACGCUAGAGGAAACCCUCAAACCUGUAAGCUCUCAACUCACCAAACUCUAGAACACAGAAUGCACACACAAAGGAAAUUGGCACUGCAAAGAUGCAGCUUUUCUGAUUAUAUUGCCCUCUUAUUUGUAUCUGAGAAUGCAUGGCCUUGAUGGGCGAUGACCGAAACUACUGGCCAUAGUGGCCCUAUCAACUAGGACACGUCCUGUGGAGAGAAAUUGACACUACUAACAUCACUUCUUAAAGACCAGGACUUGCUAACAAUCUUGACCAGUUCAGCCGACUACUAACUGAAUGACCACACCUGAAUGAAACUCUGAAACUACUGAACUUGACUGAAAGACAUCUGACUGAAACACAGGGACAGGGAUUACUUCCAAAACCAUGGGUUUAUGCAUGAGAUUGCUUGGAACUAUGAUGCAGGAAUGAGGGAUGUUAUCUUUGUGCCCAUCAUGUUCGCAUGAUUCCCUUCUGUAGUACAUUUCAGCCAUGGUCCAUGGAUCACCCUCAUUGUUUGGAGCCGGAAGCAAGGCAAACAUGAGUUGUCAAAUGGUAGAAAUAAGAAGCCUUAUUUGUCCUCCACUUUCUAAAAAAAAAGUGGACUUGCUCUUUCCCUAUACAGUAUAUGUUUUGUCGUGCUUCAUGAGAUUGUCAAGUGGUAGAAAUAAGAAGUGGGCCUUGGUUACUUUUUUGUAGCUGAAACUGGUACAUUGAACAAAUUUACAACAUUUUUUUGUGCCAUGUGUCAAUCUGGAUUCUGGAAAUUUGAAAAUGACUGCUGCUGCUGGCUGCUGCUUAGGUGUGAACGUACUAGAACAAAAAAGGAGAAAGAUUUGCUCAGAUAGGAGUACAGGACACUCCAGAAGAACACAGAGGACACUGGUCAAUGUUCAGAUUGCCAUGUGAUUUGGAAAAAACAAGUUCUCCGGGUCAGUUUCACAAUUAGGAACAUAAUCAUAAUGUAAGAUGCUUGACAUGACUGGUCAGUGCUGAUGACCGAACAUGAUAGUGAAUAUUAUUUUAUUUUAUGUCA